CGAGCAUUGUGCCUGUCUUCCCUACAGCUUAGAGUCUCUAGACGGCAGAAUGUCGAAACCGGCACCGCCCCCCUUUGGAGUCUAUGUCCCAGCCGUAGCUUUCCUAGACGAGAACGAAGAACUAGACGAGACUGGCAUCGGGCAACACAUCCUCCGUCUUGCGCAGGGUGGCGUGAGGGGCAUCUUGGUGCAAGGAAGCAAUGGAGAGGCGCAACUUCUCUCUCACGAAGAGCGAAAGACCGCCAUUCGCAUCACCAGAGAUACCUUGGACAAGAACGGGUUCAAGGAUACUGUGAUCGUGGCUGGUACAGGCGCACAGUCCGCCAAGGAGACGAUCAAGCUCUGCAAGGACGCUGCAGAGGCAGGCGCCGCUUAUGUGCUCGUGCUGACGCCCUCAACGUGGCCUAAACAAAUGACCCCACCGAACAUCAUUCGCUUCUUCCACAGGGUGGCAGACGAGUCUCCUCUUCCCAUCAUGAUCUACAAUUUCCCUACCGUCACCGCCGGCAUCGACCUCGACUCCGACACCAUCAUCGCCAUCGCCCAGCACCCCAGAAUCGUCGGCACAAAGCUCUCCUGCGGCAACAUCGGCAAACUCCACCGCGUAAGCUCCGCUCUGCCCUCCGCCGAGUUCGCAGCGUUCCCUGGCAAGUCGGACGUGGUCCUCCAGGGCCUCUUCUCCGGGAGCGCAGGGAUCAUCGGCGCGCUGCCAAACGUCGCACCGAAGGCGCACGCACACCUAUUGAAGUUGUAUGGCGAGGGAAAGCUGGAGGAAGCGACAAAGCUGCAGUCGCUGCUCGGCCAGUCGGACUGGGAGCUUAGCAAGCUCGGGAGCAUCGGAGGUAUUAAGGCCGUCGUGUCGAAGCACUUUGGGUAUGGUGGACCCCACGUCAGGAGCCCACUGGCGCCGCUUCUGGAUGAGCAGAAGGUGACGAACGCGAAACUGGAGGAGCUGAUUGCGUUGGAAAAAUCACUCUAAGUUCUCAGGAUCUGGACAGUAUAUCUCACAAGUCAUGUUCAGAGUUCCAUAGCUUCAUCUUGUGGCGCGGCACUAUCUUGGUUCUGAGGGCGGAAAAUUUCGUUGAGAAGAGCAGCAACUUUCUUCUUUGCGUCGUCUUUGUCUACUUUGACCGUUCGCAGUUCUGCAUCCCGGCGACUCGCAAUCUGCGCUUCAUCCGAGAGCAGAAGCAUCAAUUUCAUCGAAUGAAUGAUAGAGAUGAGCGAAUGCGCAGCACGAAUC